AACAAAUACUUAUUGUUAAUAAAGUUAUUUCAAUAAAAAACCGGAAACAUUAAACUCGCUACGCUGGUUACCCGGGUGAUCUGCCACUUCCGGUGCGCGGGAUAAAGAUGGCGGAUGAUGUGGAGCAGCAACAAACCACAAACACUGUGGAGGAGCCUCUGGACCUCAUCAGGCUGAGCUUGGACGAGAGGAUCUAUGUGAAGAUGAGGAACGACCGAGAGCUGCGCGGGAGGCUGCAUGCGUACGAUCAGCACUUAAACAUGAUUCUAGGAGAUGUUGAGGAGACUGUGACGACCAUAGAGAUUGAUGAGGAAACCUAUGAAGAGAUCUACAAGUCUACGAAGCGCAACAUCCCUAUGCUUUUCGUACGCGGUGAUGGGGUUGUCCUUGUCGCUCCUCCAUUACGAGUUGGCUGAUAGAAUUUGAACCAACCUGAGGGUUUUCACUCCUGCGAUGUCAAGUUCCUGGAUGUUUCUUGGUCAGAAGCCAACUGUUUAGUUUUUUUGUUAAAUGACAGAAUGUUUUUUACUUUCGAUCUCAUGGCAGCUGCCAUCUUGUUAUUUUACAGUUUGGAACAUCUGACAGCGUUUGUUUCACAUACAAGGUUAAUGAUACAGGUUUUACUGUACAUGACACAAUUUAUGUUUAUUAGCAGUGUCAAUCUGUGCUUGUUUUUGUAUUUUAAUUAACAUGUGAAACACUUUGGUUAAUAAACCUUCUUGCUUUUUAUUACUA